GGCCGCGCCCAGCGGCCUCUUAGGAACCCGGUCCUCCACCGUCACGUGACGCGGGCCCUCGCCCCACCCGUCUGCAGCCACUCCCUGUCUGCAUCCCCAAGCGCUAGAGGACCACGUGACUCUCCCGGGCCAGUCACGUGAGACUCGGAUCCUGAGUGGGAGGGGGUUGGCGGAGGGGUCCGGAGUGCAGUCAAGGAGGAAGAUGGCGGGGUGCAGGGGCUCCUUGUGCUGCUGCUGCCGAUGGUGCUGCUGCUGCGGCGAGCGCGAGACCCGAACCCCAGAGGAGCUGACCAUCCUUGGAGAAACACAAGAGGAGGAGGAUGAGAUCCUUCCGAGGAAAGACUAUGAGAGUUUGGAUUACGACCGCUGUAUCAACGACCCCUACCUGGAGGUUUUGGAGACCAUGGACAAUAAAAAAGGUCGCUGGUAUGAGGUGGUGAAGUGGACGGUGGUGUUUGCAAUUGGAGUUUGCACUGGCCUGGUGGGUCUCUUCGUGGACUUCUUCGUGCAGCUCUUCACCCAACUCAAGUUUGGAGUGGUAGAAGCCUCCGUGGAGGAGUGCAGCCAGAAGGGCUGCCUCGCCCUGUCCCUCCUUGAACUCCUGGGUUUUAACUUGACCUUCGUCUUCCUGGCCAGCCUUCUCGUCCUGAUUGAGCCAGUGGCCGCAGGCUCGGGCAUCCCAGAGAUCAAGUGCUACCUGAAUGGCGUCAAGGUACCAGGAAUUGUGCGGCUGCGGACCCUGCUGUGCAAAGUCUUCGGGGUGCUUUUCAGUGUGGCUGGAGGGCUGUUUGUGGGGAAGGAAGGCCCCAUGAUCCACAGUGGAGCCGUGGUAGGAGCCGGCCUCCCUCAGUUUCAGAGCAUCUCCUUACGGAAGAUCCAGUUUAACUUCCCCUACUUCCGAAGUGACAGAGACAAGCGAGACUUUGUAUCAGCAGGAGCCGCUGCAGGGAUCGCUGCGGCUUUUGGGGCCCCGAUUGGGGCGACCUUGUUCAGCCUGGAGGAGGGCUCAUCCUUCUGGAACCAGGGGCUCACAUGGAAAGUGCUCUUUUGUUCCAUGUCUGCCACCUUCACCCUCAACUUCUUCCGUUCUGGGAUUCAGUUUGGAAGUUGGGGUUCCUUCCAGCUCCCAGGAUUGCUGAACUUCGGCGAGUUUAAGUGCUCUGACUCUGAUAAAAAAUGCCAUCUCUGGACAGCUAUGGAUAUGGGUUUCUUCGUCGUGAUGGGGGUCAUUGGGGGCCUUCUGGGAGCCACAUUCAACUGCCUGAACAAGAGGCUUGCAAAGUACCGGAUGCGCAACGUGCACCCGAAACCUAAGCUGGUCAGAGUCUUAGAGAGCCUCCUGGUGUCUCUGGUGACCACCUUGGUGGUAUUUGUGGCCUCGAUGGUGUUAGGAGAGUGCCGCCAGCUGUCAUCCUCCAGUCAGAUCAGUAAUGGCUCCUUGAAGCUCCAGGUCACAUCAGAUGUGAACUCGAGCAUCAAGGCGUUCUUCUGUCCCAAUGACACCUACAACGACAUGGCCACGCUCUUCUUCAACCCCCAGGAGUCUGCCAUCCUGCAGCUCUUCCACCAGGACGGAACAUUCAGCCCCAUCACCUUGGCCUUGUUCUUCGUCCUCUAUUUCUUGCUGGCAUGCUGGACUUAUGGCAUUUCCGUGCCGAGUGGCCUUUUUGUGCCUUCUCUGCUGUGUGGGGCUGCAUUCGGGCGUCUCGUUGCCAACGUCCUAAAAAGCUACAUUGGAUUGAGCCACAUCUACUCGGGCACCUUCUCCCUGAUCGGCGCCGCGGCUCUGCUGGGCGGGGUGGUCCGCAUGACCAUCAGUCUCACAGUUAUCCUGAUCGAGUCCACCAAUGAGAUCACAUACGGGCUGCCCAUCAUGAUCACACUGAUGGUCGCCAAAUGGACAGGAGAUUUUUUCAAUAAGGGCAUUUAUGAUAUCCACGUGGGCCUGCGAGGAGUGCCGCUUCUGGAAUGGGAGACGGAGGUGGAAAUGGACAAGCUGCGAGCCAGUGACAUCAUGGAGCCCAACCUGACCUACGUCUACCCACACACCCGCAUCCAGUCCCUGGUCAGCAUCCUGCGUACCACGGUGCACCACGCCUUCCCGGUGGUCACGGAGAACCGGGGCAAUGAGAAGGAAUUCAUGAAGGGCAACCAGCUCAUCAGCAACAACAUCAAGUUUAAGAAGUCCAGCAUCCUCACCCGGGCCGGCGAGCAACGCCGACGGAGCCAAUCCAUGAAGUCCUACCCAUCGAGCGAGUUGCGCAACGUGUGUGAUGAGCAUGUGGCCUCCGAGGAGCCGGCCGAGAAGGACGACCUCCUCCAGCAGAUGCUGGAGCGCAGAUACACUCCGUACCCCAACCUGUACCCUGACCAGUCCCCAAGCGAAGACUGGACCAUGGAGGAACGCUUCCGCCCUCUGACCUUCCACGGCCUCAUCCUCCGCUCACAGCUCGUCACCCUGCUUGUGCGAGGCGUGUGUUACUCCGAAAGUCAGUCGAGCGCCAGCCAGCCGCGCCUCUCCUACGCCGAGAUGGCCGAGGAUUACCCACGCUUCCCUGACAUCCACGACCUGGACCUCACCCUGCUGAACCCACGCAUGAUAGUGGAUGUCACCCCGUACAUGAACCCAUCACCCUUCACUGUCUCACCUAACACCCACGUAUCCCAAGUCUUCAACCUGUUCAGGACGAUGGGCCUGCGCCACCUGCCGGUGGUGAAUGCCGUGGGAGAGAUCGUCGGGAUUGUCACACGGCACAACCUGACCUACGAGUUUCUGCAGGCACGGCUGCGGCAGCACUACCAAACCCUCUGACGGCCUGGCCUCUCUGCGGGGCUGCCUGGGCGGGCGGUUCACGCGCUCUCUGGCCAGGGCUGCUCCCGGACCACCGACGACCUCCAGCCACUUCCCCACCCUCUCACCUGGAGAGCCUGGAGCUGUCGGAUGCUUUGGUGGUUGGAGGUCCCGGAUGGAGAGGGCAUCAAGCCCUCGGAGUUUGGGUUUUUCCCCCUUCCUCAGCGAGUAGCCUCCUGCUGCCUGCUCCCAGCUCCCCGUGUCCUUCGUGUCCAUCCACUGUCGGCUCAGGCCCCCAGGUGGAAGUCAGCCUGGUCCCCUCUGAGGGACCCUGAGCAGUGUUCCCACCCCAGCUACUUUCCCAGGUGGUUAAGCUGCCGCCUUGCCAUUUUGGGAAGUGUUGGGCCAAGGCAAGCACUGGGGUCCAAGUUAUAAAAUGCAGCGAGUUUCCAAGUGUAAGAAUUGGGCUUUGAGAAACGUCCCCAGGUUUCAGGGA